AUGUACCGAUCUUGGGGCUCAUUAAUAAUUGUUACUCAUAUAGUUCAGUCCAAACUCCCGCUUCUUAUACCCAGAAUACUAGACUGGAGCGAUGAUCCGUCAAUCGCAAUCGGUACUGAGUAUAUUAUACAGGAGCAUGUUGCCGGGAUGCUUUUGAUGGUAGUUCUAUAUUUCUCAGAUGGGCCGCUAAGGUCACAUAAGAGGAUCCUCUUCGAACAAGGCUUCUGUAUCGGUCCAUACUGCAGUCCGGUUUUCUGGAGCCAAAGUCCUGAUGAACUUGACCUAUAUGGCGGUCCGAGCCCGAAUUGCGGGGAGGACCUCACGAGCUAUUGCCGUGGCCUGAUUGAGACUGGAUUCUCUCGUCUACCGAAAGACGAGUCUGUCGCUCGCAAGUAUCCCGCUCACCAAGGUUCCAUUCAAGAGCACAUCCGUCUUUUGCAAAUAAGCCAGAAGAUGAUUAUGGAGCUGGCGAAAGAUAAGCGCAUUCAAUCUGCCGCUGUUCCUGCCAUGCUUCACCCUGAUCUCCACAAACGAAACAUCUACCCAGCGUUCGUUUAUGCCAACGAGACCCCUGAUUUUGCAGCAUCCCCAGAGCCAGAGGAAAACACAUUCGAAAGCCAAAAGAACGACCACAAGAAUCCCGACCGCAAGGAACAAGCAUGGAAGGAUGCGUUAUUGGGCCCGACACUGUUUCGACUCUUUCAUUGCUGCUACACGACUUGGAGAGAUAGCGCCCCAGCUGUUCACCAAGAGUUGGUCGAACUUUCAGCUCGAGGGACGGAAUUGGGUCUGCAGGGCUUGUGCCCGUACUCUCCCACUGAAGAGGAAUUGAAAGAGCACGCUCGCGAUUAUGAAGACGUUUCGGCCGUGCAGAAUCUCAAGCUAUGGUUGAGGAAGUCUCUCAAUACGAGCUCAGAUGGCUGGGUUCCGAGCGAUGUAUGGGACGCGGCGAGAGACGCCCAUCGCGCGGUGUAUGAUGAAUGGAUACAGACAGCCAGAGAAUCUGAGGUUCGGGGCGAGUCUUUGACAGUAGACAAAGCGGAGAGGCUGUGGCCGUUUGAUGCUACUAGUAGAUGAUGGGUGUGAGCUGACAGUUGGUAGAGGGUGUAUUUUCCUAUCCAAAUGACUAGUUACUCUCAGGCGGAUAUUUU